AUGGUAAGCAAUCGGCGUCGCCCAUGGACACCCGCAACAAAGAAGGAGUUACCAGUGCGUUGCCGACCUUUUAAGGAUUGGGAAUCCUUCAAUAUCCGAAACCUGAAUCCUCAAAAGACUGGCAACGUAUUCGUAACACCUUCGGUGUUGCGGGUGUUCAUGCUCAUUGCUUACGAUCAGAUCGGCAAACUAGCAUACGGAUUACCUGAUGGUAAGCAAUCAGCGCCGCCCAUGGACGACCGCAACGACGGAGGAGUAACGAGUGUGUUGCCGACUGAGAUAGGGGACGGAUUGGGCCUCCGGGUGGCUGUAGCACAACGUGAGGCGGCAAUGCUGUUAUGCAAAGACCCGAAUGCCGUGUACAAGAGUUGCCCCGACCCUUGUCCAGAGACUUGUGACACACCAAAACCAGAAGUAUGUACGAAGGCAUGCGUCAAAAAUGGCUGUGAAUGUCGUCGUGGAUACGUACUGGACAAGAUUAAUGGGACAUGUGUUAAACGUAAACAUUGCCCCGUAAAUAAAUGCAGUGAUCCCCACGCAAUAUACAAAGAAUGUCCUAACCCGUGCCCAUUGACAUGUGAACAUCCGAACCCAAGGCCAUGUGCAGCAAUGUGUUUGAGGGAGGGAUGCGAAUGUGACUCAGGUUAUGUUCUGGACACUGAAAGUGGAAAAUGUAUUAAGUUGGAGGAUUGUCCAGCUCCAAUUCCUUCUACCUGUGGAACUAACGAAGUAGCAACAAGCUGCCGAAUUGACUGUCCACCACAAACUUGUGAGAGUAUAUUCACUUCAUACAAUUGCCCACCAACGGAAUGUGAACCUGGAUGUAACUGUAUUGACGGAUAUCUGAGAAAUUCCGAAGGUGUAUGUGUACCAUCUGAAGAAUGUUUUUCCGGAUGCAAAGGGGAUGCCAAUGCUACAGCGGUAUCGUGUGGAAGUGCUUGCCGAUCGACUUGUGCAGAUCCAGAUAGAAGUAAUCGAGCUUGUAUUCUUAUUUGUCUUCUAAAUGAAUGCGAAUGCAAACAGGGAUAUAUUUUGUCUGAAAGUGGUGUUUGCAUAGAUCCAAAGGAUUGUCCUGGUGGAUCUCCCGUUUGUGGUACUAAUCAGACGUACGUUAGUUGCAAAGCGGGCUGCCCUACUGAGUACUGCCCAACUGACGAUAGUCGGGCAAUGAUUGCUUGUUCUAUCGCCUAUCCUUGUCCAGGCGGGUGUGCUUGUAGUCCAGGGUAUUUGUACGAGAGUUAUGAAAACCCUCAAUGCGUCUUAGCUUCAGAUUGUCCCGAAGUAGAGUGCACAAGGCCUAAUGAGGUUUGGGAUAGAAACCCCACAUCGUGUUUCCAAGAAAGAUGUGACGAAAGAGAUCGGGAUUGUGUUGAUCCAUACCCAGUUCCACCAAGAUGCGUUUGUAAAAAGGGGUAUUAUAGGAACGAGAGUGACGUUUGUGUUCCUGCAUCUGAAUGCCCAUCAUUAGGAUGUAAAGGUGACUUGAAUGCAACGUUAACACUAUGCCCAACGCCGUGCCCUUCAACUUGUGCUGAUCCAAAUGCUGGAAGUAGACCCUGUAUCGAGAUAUGCCUCCCAGAAGACUGCCAGUGUAAUCCAGGAUAUGUUCUUAAUGAAGACGGAAAAUGUAUUAAACCUGAGGAUUGUGGAACGCCUGAAACUUGCGAUGGGGAUCCUAACGCAAUGUUCUCCGAGUGCCCCAGUCCCUGUCAAGCCUCUUGUGAUAACCCAGAUACGAACCAGCCGUGUAUAAGGAAAUGCUUACCAAGUGGUUGUGUGUGCAAACCAGGAUUUAUCCGAAAGAAAAAGAAUGGAGAGUGUAUUAAGCAGUCGAGUUGUCCAGUGGAUUAUGGAUGCAAUGGUGACAAAAAUGCGACUGAAUCUGACUGUGCGAGUGCCUGUCCAAUUACGUGUAUUAAUCGAUUCAGAGAAAAUAAUCGAGUCUGUCCAGCAGUAUGUCGAAAUGGUUGCAAGUGUAAACCUGGAUACAUUCUGACUGAUGAUGGAGGGGUUUGCGUGAAACCUAAGGAUUGUCCAGUUCCAGAAACUGAUGGUUGUGAUGGGGACCCCAAUGCAGUAUUCAGUGAUUGUCCAAGUGCUUGUGAACCAACCUGUGAAAAUCCAGACUCCAAUCAACCAUGUAUUUUGAUGUGCAUGCCUAAAGGUUGUGUUUGCAAAAAAGGAUUUGUACGUAGAAAUGAUGGGAAAUGUGUGAGAGUUGAGGAGUGUCCAGCGGUGGGAUGCGGCGGUGACAGGAACGCAACAGAAAGGGAUUGUCCAAGUCCAUGUCCCUUGACUUGUGCGGAUCAGAACCGAAAUAAACCUUGUCCAGCUAUCUGUUUACCGAGGGGUUGUGAUUGCAAUGAAGGUUACGUACUGACUGAAGCUGGUGGAAAAUGUAUUAAGCCUGAAGAUUGUCCAGCUGAACCUCAAUGUAAUGGAGACCGCAAUGCCACGUUCAAGGAGUGUCCAAGCGCAUGUCAGGCUACUUGUGACAAUCCGGAUUCUGAUCAACCAUGUAUAGAUGUUUGCAUGCCCGAUGGCUGCGUGUGCAAACAAGGAUAUCUUCGGAUCGAAGAAGAUGGUGAAUGUGUACAACCGCAAGACUGUCCAGGUGGAUCACCUACAUGUGGUGCUAAUAAAACCUAUGUGUACUGUAAAGUGGGUUGUCCGACGAAUUAUUGUCCUUCUGAUGACAGUCGAGCUAUUGUCGCAUGUGAUCCCAUAUACCCUUGCCCUGGAGGUUGUGCUUGCAAACAAGGAUAUUUACUGCGCAGUGGAGAGGAUGAGACUUGUAUAAAGGCCUCGGAAUGCCCACCAGUUGAAUGCACAAGACCUAAUGAAGUAUGGGAGCCUAAUCCUUCAAGUUGUUCUUGUGAACGCUGUGAAGACAGAGGUAUACCUUGCGACUUCCCAUACCCUGUUCCACCAAGAUGCGUCUGCAUGGACGGAUUUUAUAGGAACCAGGACGAUGUUUGUGUACCUGAAUCGGAAUGUCCUGCAAUAGGUUGCAAAGGUGAUAAGAAUGCUACAUAUUCGGAAUGUCCCAGCCCUUGCCAGCCUACAUGCGAUGACCCUGAUGCUGGUGACGUUUGCAUCACUGUAUGUGAUGAUCCUGGAUGCGUGUGCAAUGAUGACUUCAUUUUGUCUGAGCCUGGCGGCUAUUGUAUCAGUCCAUACGACUGUCCAGGUGGAUCACCAAAAUGUGGUGUAAAUGAAACCUACGUUUCUUGCAAAGUAGGAGGAUGCCCAUCUGAUUACUGUCCAAAGGAUGAUAGCCUUGCUACUGUUAUAUGCGAUCCCUUUUUCCCGUGUCCUGGAGGAUGUGUAUGUAAACCAGGUUAUAUAAGGCUUAGUGAAGAAGAUAAUCGAUGCGUUUUGUCUUCAGAGUGUCCACCUGUCGAAUGUACACGAGAAAACGAAGAAUGGAAUACCAACCCUCCAAGUUGUUCCGCCGAUAGAUGCGAGUACAAAGAUUUUCCAUGUGACUUCCCGAUACCUCUUCCACCAAAAUGUACCUGCAUAAAGGGAUACUACAGAAAUAAGGACGAUGUCUGUGUCCCAGAAUCUGAAUGCCCUGAACCAGCAUGCAACGGGGAUCAAAAUGCAACAUUCUCCGACUGUCCCAGUCCAUGUAAACCAACUUGCAACAGUCCAGACUCUGAUGUUAUUUGCAUUGACAUGUGCGAUGAACCUGGUUGUGUCUGCAAUGAGGGAUUCCUCCUCACUGAACUUGGCGGUAGCUGUAUUGAUCCUUAUGACUGUCCAGGUGGAUCACCACAAUGUCCUUCAAACAAAACCUACACUAGUUGCAAGAUUGACUGUCCCAUGCGCUACUGCCCUACAGAAGAAAAUGAAAUUCCAAGGAUUUGUGAUCCAUUAUGGCCGUGUCCUUCGGGCUGUGAAUGCGCACCUGGAUAUCUCAUGGUGGAUUCUAUAGAUCAAACAUGUGUUUUGGCUGCCGAUUGCCCUCCAUUGGAAUGUACCGGAGAAAACGAAGAGUGGAACUCAAGUCCUCCAGAUUGUGACUUCGAAAGUUGCGAGAAUGUGAACAGUGUAUGCAAUAAUAUCAGCCCUGGCCGACCAAGGUGCACCUGUAAGGAAGGAUACUGCAGGAAUCAAGAUGGCGUUUGCGUGCCUUCUGAAGAGUAUCCCAAGCUGAACUGCGGGUAUAAUGAAGUUGAAGUUCCCUGCAGACAGAUAUGUCCUCCACAAAACUGUGAGAUUGCGUACACUGACUAUGCUUGUACUGAAGAAACGGAGAUUUGCGAACGGGGUUGUGACUGUCUUCCCGAUCACCUUAGAAAUGGCAGCGGAAUUUGCAUACCGAAUAAUGAAUGUCCUUAUCCUUCAACGCCCGUCUGUGGGAUAAAUGAAAUUGCCAGAGACUGCAGGCGUAUUUGCCCGCCACAGACUUGUUUGAGCAAGUAUGCUUUUUACCGUUGUGCAGAAAAUAUACCUUGUGAACCUGGGUGCGAUUGUGUUCCUAAUUACUUGAGGGAUGAUAGUGGAAAAUGUAUACCCAGCGAAAAAUGUCCAGCCCCAUGCGAUGUUCCUGAUCAGUGUAAGCGGACUUGUGCAGUACCAAACCCCGAGAAUUGUGACUACCCACGUCCAGAAGAAAAUAUAGAUGGUUGCAGUUGUAAAAGUGGUUAUAUUCUCACAGAAAUAGGAGGUCAAUGUAUACCAAUUGAGGAUUGCCCAACUGAUCAAAGCUGCAACGGUGAUCCAAAUGCAGUAAUCAAACAAUGUCCACAACCUUGCCCGGCUACUUGCAGCUCACCUAAUGCGUUUCCCUGUAAGAGAAUGUGUUUAGAGGUCGGUUGUGAAUGCAAGCCUGGAUAUCUGAAGUUAAAUGAAACAGGACCAUGCGUUUUACCGGAUGAAUGCCCUGGUGGAAACCCAUGCGGUGAGAGUGGUCGUUUCGUUGACUGUAAAGUGGACUGUCCAAAUAGCUACUGCCCAAUAGAUGACAGCAGGGAUACAACCUUCUGUGACCCAUCUGCAGACUCCUGCUUGCCUGGUUGCAUUUGUAACUUAAAUCACAAAAAGAGAAGCUAUGAAGAUCCAACGUGCAUCGUAUCGUCUGAUUGCCCUCCAGUAAACUGCACAAGGCCUAACGAAGUAUGGGAUCCCUGUCCAUCAGCGUGUCUUGCAGAAAAUUGCGAGGAUGCUGACAAGCAACCGACUGUGUGCAAUACUUUGGUCCUAAACUGUGAACCACGUUGUGUAUGUAAGAAGAAACACUUCAGGAAUUCAUCAGGAAUAUGUGUUCCAGUUCAUAAAUGCGAUGAACGUAAGUAGACUAGCGGUGUUUAUUAAAUUUGUAUUUAAUAUACAAUGUAAUUCUAUUUUCGCUGUCUAGUCUAAUUAUGAUGAUAAUAG